AUGUCACAAAUAUUCGAAUGGGCAUUCGGCAAGAAAUUGACACCCCAAGAGCGGCUCCGCAAGAACCAACGGGCCCUUGAGAAGACCCAGCGUGAGUUGGCCCGAGAAGUCGCCAAGUUGCAGCAGCAGGAAAAAAAAUUGAUUGGUGAUAUCAAAAAGUCCGCCAAACUGGGCCAAAUCUCUAGUGCCAAAGUCCAGGCAAAAGACUUGGUCAGAACAAAGGGCUACAUCACCAAGUUCAACUCCAUGAAAGCACAACUCCAGGCCAUCAGCUUGCGUAUCCAAAGCGUCCGAAGCAACCAACAAAUGGCCACCUCCAUGAGAGAUGCUACCAGAGUAUUAUCAGGUAUGAACCGGCUGAUGAACUUGCCCCAAUUGUCAAGAAUCGCCCAGGAGUUCCAGAGAGAAAACGACAUGAUGGACCAGAAACAAGAGUUUAUGGAUGAUGCCAUCGACGAUGCCAUGGCCUUUGAUGACGAUGAGUUGGGUGAAGAAGAGCAGGUGGACGAGAUCUUAAGCCAGGUAUUGGACGAAAUCGGGGUGUCGUUGAAUGCCACAUUGCAAGACACGCCCAGUGGUAUUGCAAGUGGUCGCCCUGAGCCGCGGGUGGCCCAGGCGGUGGCCGCAGGGGAAGAGGAUGAUUUACAGGCUCGGUUGGAUAGCUUGAAGAAAUAG